CCCCGGCUCAGCGCUGCCGGCAGCCGGGACGGGGCAGGAGGGGGCGGGCGGUAGGGACCGGCGCCGGUCACUGGCGCUGCAGACGGCACCGGCUCACCAUGAUCGUGUGUCCCCAGAGCGUGCAGCAUCCCCGAGGAAGUCGGUGCCAGCGGCUGCCGGGACAGGUAGUGAAGAUGUCCAGCAGCGACCCUGAGCGCCCCCAGCUGCUGCUUGUGAAGGUGCUGGCGAACCGGGGGCGGCUGGAGGCGGUGACCCAGCAGAUGGGCUACCACCCGCAGUACCUCGACAGCUUCCUCAAGACUCAGCACUACCUGAUGCACAUGGACGGGCCGCUGCCCUUUGACUGCCGCCACUACAUUGCCAUCAUGGCAGCUGCCCGGCACCACUGCCGCUACCUGGUGAACCUGCACGUGCUGCAGUUCCUGCAGGCGGGGGGCGAUCCCCAGUGGCUGCGUGGCCUCGACUACAUCCCCCCCAAGCUCCGCAACCUCAACGAGAUCAACAAGAUCCUGGCACACCGGCCGUGGCUCAUCACCAAGGAGCACAUUGAGAAGCUGCUGAAGAUCAGUGAGUGGAGCUGGUCGCUGGCAGAGCUGGUGCACGCUGUUGUCCUCCUGGCACACUGCCAUGCCCUCGCCAGCUUUGUCUUCGGCUGUGGCUGCGAGCAGGACGAGGGGCUGGGGGGCCGCGGCUCGCUGAAGGCCUUGUCCCCUGGUACCCAGUGCAUCUGUGAAGCCAGCAACGGCUGCGGCCAGGAGCUGCUGCGCGUCAGCCGCAAGCGGUCGCUGGACUCCUGCAUGGAGCUGGAUUCUCUGCGGGAACGCAUGCAGCGGAUCCACGUGGAGACCGAGGGCAGGGAAGAGAUGAGGCUGCUGCAGCACGACCGGGAGGAAGCUGAUCCUGACGGGGAAGUCACCGGUGCCACCAACCUUGCCUGCUACAUGCAGGACCCUGACUUUGGAUACCAGGACUUUGCGCGGCGCGACGAGAAUCAGACGCAGGUAUUCAGAGUCCAGGAUUACUCUUGGGAGGACCAUGGCUUCUCGCUGGUCAACCGGCUCUACUCGGACAUCGGGCAUCUCCUCGAUGAGAAGUUUCGGAUGGUGGAUGGCCUGCAAAGCACUGCCAUGGCCAAGAGGCAGGGCUGCGAACCCUCCGUCUUCAAGCGGGGCAUCUGGAACUACAUCCACUGCAUGUUUGGCAUCAGGUACGAUGACUACGACUACGCGGAGGUGAACCAGCUGCUGGAGAGGGUGCUCAAGGUGUACAUCAAAACUGUCACCUGCUACCCAGAGAAGACCAACGCUGAGAUGUUCGACAGGUUCUGGAAGCAGUUCAAGCACAGUGAAAAGGUCCACGUGAACCUGCUGAUCCUGGAGGCCCGGAUGCAGGCCGAGCUGCUGUACGCACUGCAGGCCAUCACCCAGUACAUGAUCUCCUAGAGGCUGGGGAGCUGUGCUGCGGCAGGGCCGGGCACCACCCCCCCUGGACUCGUGAGCCUCGUGCUGGGAUGGCCGCCGAGGGCUUGCUCACUUUAGCUGCCCUGACUGUCUUGUUCUUUUGCCCGCCCCCCACACCCCCCGGGGGGCUCGCUGAGUGGUCCCGUUACGUGCAAUUACCAAACUGUGAGGCAAACCCGUGCUGCUGAGAUGUCAGUGUGAUGCUGGAGACUGGAACGUGCCCAAGGAGGACUGCCAGAGGCGCAGGAGGGUGGGAAGGGACUGGGGCUGGUUUCGAGGGCUGCUCUCCUGCCAGCAGAAGCUCCGUGGCGGCGUGCUGCAGGAGCCCUGGCCGCUGCAGGGAGGCCAAAGGGGAGAGCUGGUUUCCUUCCCUGUGCUGCAGUGGCUGCCCUUCUUGCGAUCCACCCUUUGGUGCUUGGCCUCGUUGGGGUGAUGCGUCUCACUUGGGAGCAAGUGGCAGCAGCUUGUGGGUGCAUUGCAGUGUCCUGAGUUCCAUGGUCAGGCAGGGAAGAGUGCAGGCUCCAAGUCAGGGCUCUUCUCCAGCCCAGCAUGGGAAGGGGAUGUGCUUGCUGCCUCCGUGUCCCGUCCUUUAGGUCUACGUGCCAAACCCCUCUGGGAUGGACAAGCAAUGACCCAGGUGAACUCCAAACUGUGAAGCUCUUGCUGGCAGGGUUCCCCUAGUGCUCUCACAGUGGGUUGAGAAGGCCUCUGACAGUGUUCAGGCUCUGAAGGUUCCUGCCAAGGACUUUGGGCAGUCCUUUUGGAGGUUGUCCCAAAGGCCCUCAUCUACCCCCUAGCAGCAGAGGGGCAGGAGGAACAAGGAAAGCUUCCUGAGUUACUGUGGCUUGUAUCUUCUAACCACGUUGAGAGGGCUGAGAUCCUGGGCCCAGUCCCUCACUGUUUACCAGCGUUGUGGAAGAGCCUGCAGUCAGCAGAGAACUACAGAAAGCUGCUUGAAGCUGGGCUGUCCCUGUCUGAGCCUGCACCACUGCUCCAGGACUGCUCUCUGCCUGUGCAGCAGCCCUGGGCUGGGGAGGUGCUCCAGAGAGCAGCCAUGGAAGAGGAAUGAGGCCACCUGUGUUAAGUGGGAGCCUGAAGCAAGGGCAGCUGUGGAGGCAGCCCAGCACACACUGCUUCAGUCGACCUGUUUACUGCGUAAAUGUACCGGGAGAAACUUUGUGUAUGGAAGCUACAGAAAAAGCCUAUUUUUGCUAUAAAUAUAUUAUGUUUGA